AUGACAACAAUUCGUUUAUUUCCUGUUCAUCAAACAUCUUUAUGUAUGACAAAUACUUCGGUAUUCUAUUAUUUGAACCAUUUUGGGUUGAGAACUAGAAUAAGUUGGUUGUUUACCUGGUUUCUUCGAUUACAGUUUGUGUACUUCGUGGUAGUAGUAAUAUCAUUUUCUUGCGCUCUCUGGCCACAGACAAUACGUACAUCAGUAUCGGACUUUGAACCACAAUUAACAUUCACAAUUAAUGGCUCAUCAGUAGUGUAUUCAUCGCAUGAAUCGGCUGUUGCUAGACGAUGUUUUUUAUCAUUAACAGUUCCUAUCAAAAUUAAGAAUUACAUGGAUAUGAUUUUUUUCAAUAUCCUUUUAUUUGUUGCCUAUUUCAGCUUAAUUAUGUGUGUUCAGCUGAGUUCCAUUCACAUUCCUCCGAAAUCACUUGGAAAUCCCUAUCGAUGGUUUUGUUGGGGCCGACAAAUAUUAACGGUUUAUUUUAUUUCGAAUUUUCUCAGUCAAAUCAUUAACAGCACUGCUUGUCGAUCAUUCGAACUUCUUUUUAAUUUUCGAUAUAUCUCAGUGGUAAUGGUACAAUCGUUCAAUUCGAUUAUAUGUUUAGUUUUUGCAUUUUUCCUUGGUGUCAAAUUUGCAUCAGUCAGAGGAAAAGCCAUGACGAAAACUCAAUCACUAUCCUGUGCAAGCUAUUCAUCAAUGAAAACGAAAUUUGUUAUCAGUUUUCUCGAUCAAUUUAGAUUGAACACAAGAAUGAGUUACUAUUUUACUUGGUUUCUUCGAUUACAGUUCAUGUACGUCUGGACUUUUAUCUUGUGCGUUGCUUUGUGGUUCUCACCAAAACAAAUCUACAUGACAAUUGAAGACAUCAUCACUAAACUAACGUCGGGAGAAAUAAAUCUAUCACCAAUACCUCAUUCACCAUAUGAAUCGACUCUCGAAACACAAUGUUCAUUAUCUAAAAUAACCUUUAUCGAUAAUAUCAAUAGUUACACGCAUAUGAACGAUAUCAACAUCAUCCUUAGUUUUGUCUCACUCGUUCUCAUCUGUUUGAUUCAAUCACUUCUAUGGAAUGUUUCUUUCAGCCAUCUCAAAAAUCCUUAUCGAUGGUUUUGUUGGGGUCGACGAAUACUCGUCCUCUUUCUUAGCUCUUCGAUUUUAAAUCAAGUUGUGUGUGCAACUGCAUGUCGACCAGUGGAAAUCUUCUACGAUCCACGACAUAUAUUAAUGUUUAGUGUACAUCUCUUCAACUUUUUCGUCUGCACUGGUUUCUCGUUUUUUCUCGGCAUUAAAUUUACAUCAGUCAGACCUGAGCAUCGACGGUCAACAAGUUGA